GGGCACCUAGAGGCACUGUGCCCGCCCCGGUCCGCCCGGACCCUCCGGCUCGCCCGCCCGCUGCAGCCCGCAGCCUGCUGCCGCCUGCUAAUACCUCAGCCUGUCAGAUAAAGCAGCGGGCCCGGCCGGCGGGGUGGUCGGCACGGCCCUGGGUGGACAUGGCGGCCCUCUACGCCUGCACCAAGUGCCACCAGCGCUUCCCCUUCGAGGCGCUGUCUCAGGGGCAGCAGCUGUGCAAGGAAUGUCGGAUUGCACACCCUGUCGUGAAGUGCACCUACUGUAGAACCGAGUAUCAGCAGGAGAGUAAAACCAAUACGAUAUGCAAGAAAUGUGCUCAAAAUGUGCAGCUGUAUGGAACGCCCAAACCUUGUCAGUAUUGCAACAUAAUUGCAGCAUUUAUUGGCAACAAAUGCCAGCGAUGCACAAAUUCAGAGAAGAAGUAUGGGCCACCUUAUUCUUGUGAACAAUGUAAGCAGCAGUGUGCUUUUGACCGAAAAGAUGAUAGAAAGAAGGUAGAUGGGAAAUUACUGUGUUGGCUGUGCACACUUUCAUACAAAAGGGUCCUUCAGAAGACUAAAGAACAGAGGAAGCACUUGAGCAGCUCUUCCCGUACCAGCCACCAGGAGAAGGAACAGUACAGUCGACUGAGUGCUGGAAGCCAUUAUAACAGCCAGAAAACACUUUCGACAUCUUCAAUUCAAAAUGAAAUUCCAAAGAAAAAGUCCAAGUUUGAAUCACUCACAACCAAUGGAGACAGCUUUUCCCCAGACCUGGCUCUGGACUCACCAGGCACUGACCACUUUGUCAUCAUUGCCCAGCUGAAGGAAGAAGUAGCCACACUGAAGAAAAUGCUGCAUCAAAAGGAUCAGAUGAUUUUAGAAAAAGAGAAGAAGAUUACAGAGUUAAAAGCUGAUUUCCAAUACCAAGAAUCUCAGAUGAGAGCCAAGAUGAACCAGAUGGAGAAAACCCACAAAGAAGUCACAGAACAGUUGCAGGCCAAAAAUCGAGAGCUUCUAAAGCAGGCAGCUGCUUUGUCCAAGAGCAAGAAGUCUGAGAAGUCAGGAGCAAUCACCUCUCCGUGAAAGACCACAAGGAGGCUCUCAGCAACAGCAAAUGGGCUCCUGGCUUAAGACUGGCCACCUGGCCAUUCUCUGGGAAUUGCAGGCUAUUUUAAGAAGUCUCUGUUUUAUUACAGUUAUCCUCCUUUGUUGAUUGCAGUGAGCUGAAUGGAAACACCUGGUUUGUGCAUGCUUGAAUGGUUAGGCUUUUAAUCUUUCUCCCUCACUCUCCACCUGCCCCCCCACCUCUUCUCACUACUACUGUCUCUGUGUCUUUCUUGAUGCUAGAGAGAGAGAGAGAGAGAGAGUGUGUGUGUGUGUGUGUGUGUGUGUGUGUGUGUGGUGUCAACUGCUCAAUGCUAUGUGCAGAAAUAUAUUUUGUGUGUGUGUCCAUCAUUGCAUCCUGCCAUACCCAAUGAGCAAAUAUUUUGACAUUAAUUACAUAUCACUGCCACCUUCUGAACUUUGAAAACUGCCAUCUUAAGACUUGGUACAAUGGAAGAGGUUUUCUCUUCCCAAUAAACCUUUUGCUUCAGGGUAUACUCUUGGGUUUUUUUCCAGGUAUAUUAUGUAUGAACUUUGUACUGUGUAUAGCCAGAGUUUUAUUUAUUUUUAAAAAAAAGAAACUUUUCUUGAUAAAGGAAUAAUGGUAGCCUAGCUUGUUCUUGUUGUAAAAGUGAUGCCUCUUUAAAAAAAAAUAAAUAGUCUUACUCUCACUUUUAAUAAAAGAAUCAGCUCUCUUGUCACCUUGGAGUCUCAAAAGCUGAUUGCUAAGUUGAAAGAAUUCAGCGCAUAAAUAUGGAAUAAAGUGCCUUUUGGAGGAUUUCUUGAAAUAGCAUUUAAGAAGAUGUUUGAGAGGCAGCAAAGAUUUGAAUACUGCCUUUUUAAGUAAGGGCAGAAAGAAAGGUUGUCCAGGUUGUACUGGACAUUUCUCUUCCCAGCCCCUCUGCUGGUUGUUUCACAUGAUUGAUUUUAAAUUCUCACACUGCCACCUCUUUAAAAAACAAUGCCCUUUACUUUUUAUUGGUUGUCAUACUGGGCCAUUGUCAGUGAAGAUUGUUUUUACAUAAACAGAUUGAGAUUGGGAUAAUAUCUGAACUACAAAACAUUUACAGGGUCAGUACAAGCUGUUUAAAUAUGGACUCUGAGUCUGACUAGGAGAAAGUAUACCCACCCUGCUCUUUCUCCUCCCUCCUCCCACCUCCCAGCUUGUACACUUCUUGCUUUUAGUGGAAAUGUAUUGAAGACAAGUGCUUCACAGGGGGUUAGCCUCAGUCAGAAUUGUCUGUGCCCUGUUUUCCCUUCUAGAUUCAAUAGGCACAUGGAUUUCCUUUCUAGAAGGGUCAGGUAUGCAUUACUAGCCAUACUCUCAGGUGUCUUUCAUGUGAUAUUUGUGAAAGAAAUUAGGGACAUGUAGUGUGCCAUGAAAUAGUAAAACCAACUGUCCCAGAAUCUUUAAUGCAGGAUGGUGGUAGAGAUAGGGGUAAUCAUGAGGACAGGUAACAUUUGUACCUCAGUCUACCAAAAUUGUGGGAGUUAACUUGCUAAGCAUUUUAGAAGCCAUGCACAUGCUGAAGAGAGAUGAACAGAAGGGUGGCUUCCUUCUGAUAAGAAAAACAAUGGACCAUAUUGCUUUUAUAUCACUCUAUUAGGGGAUGUAAUACCUGCAGAAUCCCUUGCAGUUUCUUUAUAAGCAAGGAGAAUGGCAGUGCUAAAUAAUUUUAUAAUUUUUUGAAUGGGAAUCUUUUAAGUAAUGAAAAAAUGUCAGAAAAUAUUUUUCAGAUGCUUUUAUGUUGAGUAUGGGGAAAUGAUUGUGGAAAAAUGACUUUUUUUUUUUUUUAAAGACUUGAGAAAUUCUGUUACAUGAAGUGACAAUAUAAAAACAUUUAGUUUUAUACUGUAUCUUUUUUUAAGAUGUUGGCAUUUAAUAUAAAGCAAAUUCACACAUUUUCUAACUUUCCACAAGUUCCAAAAAGGGAAGAAACUUCAGUCUUGAAUUUUUUUUUUUUUUUAAUCAUGACACUGUUUUACCAUGAAACUGAGUAGCUAACUUUUGGUAUCAACUUUUGUUUAUUUGUAUGUUUGUAAUAAUGGACAUUUUAAACACAGGAAUGUUUGGUUUGUACAGAGUUUGACAAAUGUGUGUUAAUAAAAAUUCAUAUUGACUCAA